AUGCUCUUCAACAAAGUCUUCGCCGUCUCCGCACUCAGUACUCUUGCUGCCGCCACAGCCGUCGAGCGCCGCGGGGGUGGUCAGGAUAACACCCAAUGCUCAGGCCUCCGAUGCUGCCAACAGGUUGGGUCCGCGACCGACCCCUCUAUCAUUACCCAGGCUACCAGCCUCGGUGUCCUUUCUGUCUUGGCGGGUCUUCUUGCCUCCGUCGAAGUUGGUCUCAACUGCAGCCCCAUCACCGUUAUCGGUGGUGACAACGGUGCAUGCUCUGGAGGCACCACCGUUAUUUGUAAUGACAACAGCCACGGCAAUCUCAUCAGCGUCGGAUGCGUCCCUGUUACCAUCUAA